AUGUGUAGGAGGAAUCCAUGGCCCGAGAACAAGGGCUUGAGGAAGGGGCUGGCUCGCGAGCACAGCGCCCUCAUCCUCUUGAGGAUCCGGCUAGAGAAGAGAGGAGGAAUCGCCACAUUGAAUCGCUUGACUCGCAAAUUCCGCCUGCUCACUCUGAUGUGUUGGUACGAAGAGCGCGAGAUUCUCCUCUGCUGCUGCCGCUGGCUGCUACCGGCGCUGCCCGGGAAAACGCGAGCCCAAAUCUUCCUCGUCACCGGCAUAAUUGCCGCUGCUGAGCUGCUGCUGCUGCUGCUGCUGCUGCUGCUACCACUUGCGGAAUUGAAUGGUGGUGAAAUACUUUAUUUCUCCCGGGCCUUCACGCGGCUUGCACCGAUUUUAAGAGGUGGUGGUCGACCCGGAAUCAAUGAUCUUCCACCACCGCGGAUCAACGCCAUGUCCUUUUCACAGCUACCAAGCAUUGACUCCAGGAGCCUGCCUUUUAGAACUCGCAGGCUCCUUGCCGGAGAAUCGCGGCCGGAUGGUGUCGAGCAUGGCGACGAUCAGCUGGAGAGCUUCAUCCGGGUGGUGAGAUCCUGCACCAGUUCCAAGAACCUGGAUGAGGGCCGACGGAUCCAUCUGAGGAUAGCGAGGAGCGAGCACAGGAGUAACAGGUACCUUGCGAAUUUGCUGAUCGAGAUGUAUGGCAAGUGUGGCCGCAUUGCCGACGCUGCCAAGAUGAAAGAGCUGUUUGAUCGGAUGCCCGAGAGGGAUGAGGUUGCCUGGAACGCCAUCGUCUCGGCCUACGCUCAAAACGACGACCUGGAGAAGGCAAAGGAGAUGUAUGAGAUGAUGCCAAGAGCAACGGUAGUGGCCACGAAUACCUUGAUCGUGGCCAAUGCAAGGAAUGGCGAUCUCGCGGAGGCCGAUCGACUAUUCCAGGGACUGGGCCGGAAGAAGAACAUCGUUUCUUGGACUGCGAUGAUCACGGCCUAUGCUCAGGCAGGCCUGGCGCUCAAGGCCAAGGCGAUUUUUGACUCCAUGGAUGCCCGAUGCAAGGAUUCCCUGGCCUGGAACGCGAUGAUCCAGGCGUACUCCCAGACCGGCCAUUUCCAAGAAGCGAUGGAGCUGCUGGAGAGAAUGCCGCACAAGGAUGCCGCUUCUAGCACGAUCCUCAUCGCGGCACUCGCGCAGCAGGGAUUCUUGAAAGAGGCCAUGGAUCUGUUCGAAAGAAUGCCGGAUCCCAAGAAUAUGGUUGCCGCCACGGCCUUGCUCCGCGCAUCUGACCUGGGGCAUGCGGAGCUGAUCUACCACAGCAUGCCGGAGCGCGAUCUCGUUGCCGAGAACGCGAUGCUCCAAUCUUACUGCGAGAAUGGCUGCCUGGAGGAUGCCAAGAACUUCUUCCACCAAAUGCCGGAGCGAAAUAUCUUCUCCUGGAGCUCCAUCGUCUCUGCGCUCGCCCUAAACGGCCAUCUCCAAGAAUCCACUCGCUUGCUAAAGAAAAUGCCCGAGAUGAGCCUCGUGGCGUGUACGGCGUUGAUCACUGCGUACGGCCAAUCCGGUGACAUGGACGCCGCGUGGCGGAUAUUCGACGAGAUGCCCUGCCACAGCGUGGUGUCAUGGACGGCCCUGGUCGCGGCCUGCGGAAGGAACGGUCAUUUGGAGGAAUCAAAGCGAAUCUUCGACGCAAUGCCGUACCGCAACCUAGUGACGUGGAACGCCAUCGUGGCAGCGUACGGACAGAAUAUGCUUAUAGACGCCGCGAAAGCCUCUUUCGAUGCGAUGCCGGAGUGGAACAUUCCGUCGUGCGUCACGCUGCUGGCGGCAUAUUCUGACAGGGGGAAUCUGGAAGAUGCUACGCGGACAUUCUCUUCCAUGCCCGAGGUGAACGCCAUGGCGUCUACCGCGAUGCUCUCCGCGCUCGCGGCAAAUGGCCGGCUGGACGAGGCGAAGGAUAUCUUCGAGAGCAUUCCAAUCCGGGGACUCGCGACCUGGAACGCGAUGAUCACUGGAUUCGUCCAGGCUGGGGAUCUCGCCAGCGCGCGAUCUCUGUUCGAUCGAAUGCCCGAGAGGGAUCUCAUAUCCUGGAGCGUUAUGAUCGCAGGCUACACCGAGAGUGGGGGUACACACGCGGAAGCCGUGAGCCUGUUCGAUUCGAUGCCCGUCCGCGACACAAUCUCUGGUAACGCGCUCAUCGUUGGCUACGCUUCGCAAGGGGAUUUGGAGUCCGCCACCGCGAUCUUCAACCGGAUGCCGCAGCACAGCGCGAUCUCCUGGGCAACGCUGAUCAAAUCUUAUGCCCAGGCCGGGCAUCUGGAUCUCGCCGACGCAAUGCUGCGCGAAAUCCCCUACCCUAAUCUCUUCGUCUGGAACGCAGUGAUCGUGACAUAUGCCCAAUGUAUGAAGCUCGACAGGGUAAAGCAGGUGUUCGAUUCCAUGGACGAGCGCAAUGCAGUGACGUGGAAUACCACGCUAGCAGCACAUGCCCACAAUGGGCAUAUUCUCCAAGCCGAGGCUCUCUUUAAAACCAUGCCAGAUCCAACGUCGGUGUCUUACAACGCAAUGCUUAGCGGCUAUUCGCAGUUUGGAGAAUGGAGAGACGUAGCAUUGACGCUGGCAGCUAUGAGCUUAUGUGGUUUCCAACCGGACGAGGUAGCUCUCACGAGUAUUCUUUCAUCUUGCAGCCACGAAGGCUCUAUCGACAAGAGCCGCGAGUAUUUCUCGUCUGCGGUGGUGGACUAUGGCCUAGAUUAUCUCCCCGAGCAUUUCUUCGCGAUGGUGGAUGUCUUUGGGCGUGCUAGUCAGGCUAGGAUGGCUCGAGAGCUUAGCAGCUGCUUGACUCACAAGGAACCUGUGAGAAACAUUUCCUGGAGCAUGCUAAACUUGUGA